AUGGAGGCAUAUUUGCGAAUUGGUUUAUAUUGGCUUGUAUUAUGGGAUUCUUUUUUGGUGACUGCAAGAACCCCAAACACAAAGGCAGGUUUGGCAGAAGAGACAAUCCAAGGUACAUAUAAACCACCCAUGCCAACAGAGUUACCAACAGAAGCUGACCGAUGCAGGGGAUACUAUGAUGUAAUGGGUCAGUGGGACCCACCAUUUAACUGCAAUGCCAGCAGUUAUUUGUACUGCUGUGGUACAUGUGGAUACCGCUUCUGCUGCCAGUUCAAGCAUGGGAGGUUGGACCAAAGCAUGUGUUCAAACUAUGACACCCCGAACUGGGCAAACCCUGAUAAGCCACCUGCCCGAGGAGAUGAGUCAACUGAUGACCCCAGCAAGGACAAGACCAACAUGAUUGUCUAUAUUAUUUGUGGUGUGGCUGCACUGAUGGUAUUGAUUGGGAUCUUCACCAAAUUGGCCGUGGAGAAGACUCAGAGGCCAUCAACUGAAAUGAAUGUUUCUAGAACUCUGACCGAUCUCUUGAAGCAACCAGCUCAGAUUGACUUCUUAAGUGAUGGGCAUCGAGGCAGUGUACAGGUCCAAAUCACGGAGAUUAUACCAAGAAUAUCACCACGGAACAGUAUAGAUCACACACAUUUCAGUAAUUUGGGAUUGACAUCACCUUUGACACAGAUCGGCAUUCCUCUGACUCAGAACAACAGAGCACACAUAGUGUCUGGUAUCCCAUUACAAGAUCAAGAUUUCUCAAAAUAUGCUACAAUAAAAACUUCAGAAACUGCAUCAGAUGAUUUUUUUAAGAGAUUUCCAGUUAUGGAUGUUGUUGGAUCUUCUCAGUGCUACCAGCCUGGUGCUUUGAUAACCCCAGACAACUCCUCUUUGCAAGAUAAUUCCCCCAUUAUACCCUCAAAGCCAAAUAAUAAGAUUAAAGUCUCUAAAACCAAUACACACCCUUUAGCAGGGAAUGCAUUUCAAGUUCGGGACCCAAAUCAUCAUGACAUUCGAAGACAAGUUUAUGCCGGCAAGAGACAGUUCAGCAUUGAAAAGCUCCCUGAAUUAUUCAGCCAUCAAGGUCAUUAUAACAGCACACCUCGCCACUUCCCAAGCAACAGCAAGACAGAGGUCACUGUUUGA